UAUUUAUUAUAUUUAUUUAUAAACUUUCGCUUUCCCCACGAAAGGUGUUAAAAUCGGGAAUAUUUUGGCAUUAUUAGGUUAAAAAAUCAAUUCCGUAUGAUUAUUACAAGCUGUGUCAAAAGUCUCGUUUUGUGUUUUAUGUUAUUUAAACUUUUCGACCUCGACGAUUAUUUCUAUUCCACUGACUUUGAAUUGCAAAGGAUUUUCUGAAAGCCAGCAUAAAAUAAUCAUGUGAUAACGGUUCAGAUAAGUUUUAAAAUAAUAACUCAAAAGAUUUUUUUUCCAUUUAAUACAAUGUCAGUAUCGGAUCCCCUUAUAAAGGAUCUUAAAGGUUGCAUUCUAAAUUUUUUCGAAGAAAUCAAAGAAAACGGCAUAAACGAUUCGAACCCAGAUUUAUUGGUGUUUUGUUCAACAACAGAAAAGAUCUUCAGCACGGGAUUAAAUCAAAUCCACAAUACUUUGGGUUUUAUAAAAAGCAUCAAUAAUCCUUGGUUAUGGCUCGAUAAAAUCGCCUCUGAUAAAGCAAUUUCUUUCACUUACCUUAAUUGCGUUGAAAAAGUAAGAAAAUGCAAAAGCAUUCAAACCAACUUAGGGAGAUUACGACUUCUCAUAAGACUUUGUUUGUCUCAAAAAUGUUUACACAUUCCGUUGGAAUAUUUAAUAACUUCAAAGAAGUUAAACGUGUAUUAUAACGAAAAUUGCAUUAUUGGAGAUGAAAUUUUAAGCGAAAUCUUACUUUCGGUGUUCCGACAAGUUUCAAAAAUCCCUUUUCACCUCAACGUUAACAAUAAUUCUUUCUUGGAUACUUCGUGGAACAUGCCGGAAGUUUUACAUGUUGAAUUUGUACCUUGUGACACUCUCGGAAUGACUGUUAGCUUCUCUGGAGAUAAAGCAGUGAUUAUGAGCAUAAAAUCAAACAGUGUAGCUUCAGAAAAUGGGAACAUUGAAAUCGGUGAUAUCCUCGAAUCAUUAAACGGUUGCCUUAUAACUUCAUCAACAAAAAAUCGUCUUCGUCACAUUUUUAAAAGCGCAAAAGGACGUCCGGUAACCCUCACGAUAAUCAAAGCGGUUCGGGGUGAUUUAAAACAAAUUUAUGGCCCAAUUUUAACCGUUUUAAAGGAUGUUCGAUUAGAUCCUGAUAUUUUAAGGAGUAGAUUGUCUGAAUGCACUGAUUCAAACGAUAAUUUACGAAGGAAAUACACCGGGAGUGGUUUGCGUGUAACUUACAUGGGUUAUGUGGUUGUUGGUUCUAAAGGUGAUGUUAAACAAAUUGAUAAAGCCGUUUCAAGCGUUUUUAAUCCGUCGAUGAAUAACGAGGCUACGAAAUAUUUUAAAACUCGCAAAGAUGUUUGUUUUGAAUUGGGGGAGUUGGGGGUGAAAUGUAUUGAUUUGGCGACGUCGGAAAUUGUUACGAAACAUUCUUAUAUGGAGAUUUCUUCGUGUGGGAGUGUUGCUUCAUUACCGAAUUAUUUUGCUUAUAUUGCUGGUGAUGAUUAUUGUAACACAGCGAAGAUUUUUACGUGCUACAUUUUCUUCGGGAGAUCAAAUGAAAUGGUUAUGACAAUUUUGCAGAGUAUUGGUCAAGGAUUUCAUCGGACUCACUUUGCCGUUUAAGGCUGUGAUAUUAUUAUCAUUACAAAGAAUAGAUUCUUACAUUAAUUUAUUUUACUUUU